AUGGCAGAUGAAGAUAUGAUGAAAUACAUCAAGGGAAAAUCCGGCGAGGGCGUCGAUCUCACGGGCAAGCGGGAAUCCGUGGAGACGAUGAUUCGUCGCGUGACCCGGAACUUCUUUGGUUCCUUGUGCCAGGCCUAUUACGAGAAGAAGUGGCUUGAACAUGCCCACUUUCAGCUGGUCGUCGAGGCUAUGGUGCGCGAGCUUGUGCCGCAGGAGCUCUUAGACGCACAAGACCCGGGCAAAGUGGAAAGAUGGAUUUGGGAGAGCCACGACUUCUCCUACGAAGAGAAGCGCUUCAUCCCACACCUCUGGGACCUGGUCAGGCCGUUCAUCGACACUCAAAAGACCUUCCGGAAGACCUUCGCUGCCUUAGAGCAGGGCCGCUUGAAUGCCCUCAAUGGCCCCGAUGAAGGUGUAGGCACCGAGCGGGCAGCCACCUUCCUGCGCACCUGGAUCAGAGGGACUCUGGACGUUUUCACCAUUGAGCAUGGUGAUCCUUUGGCCUUGUUGGAGGAAGAGAAGAUGGUUGAGGUCUUUGCAUGCCUGUUGAACACGUUGAACGACCAGGGCGCUUCUGUCGGCUUGCCCCAGCGAUGGACCUGCGAAGCCUUGCCGCCUCCUGAAGGUUGGCGAGGUUUGGUCCAGGAACUUCUGGGCGCUGCGGUGGUGUCCUGCCGCGUGCGCCUGCAGGAGGGCGAUGGGAAAGCCUCUGGAAAGGGAGGGAAGGCCGCCCCAAGCAGUGCGCCUGCAGCUUUUGCACCUAAAGGCAGCCAGGAGGUUUGGUGGACACGGCCUGUGCGGCCUCCACCUCCCCGCACGCCCGCGGCGCCCACGGCGGCUCCGAUGGUGGCUGCGCCGCCGGCGAGAGGGGCAGACGCAGGCGUGGACGGUGGACGAUGGGUGUCUCGUUCCGGCAUUCAGUCUGCCAUGUCCAUGGGCCUGAGCGAAGGUGGUAUCCGGGACCUCCUGGCACCGGUGAAGGCACCACCCUCAGAGCCUUCAGAGGUGGACUUGAUGGCGGUGGCCCAGGGAGCAGCGCAGCAGGCCUCGCGCUCCGGUGCGGGCAGUAGCAUCUCCGAGAGCCCAGCAAAGAUCACCGAGCUCUUUGCUGCGAAUAAGGCAGGUGACGAGUCGGAGACCAGCGACCUCUUUGCCAUUGCCAACAAAGCCGCUGAAGAGACCUCCCAGGUUUCUUCCGUCUCAGCGGCCAGUGCUGGACCCAAGGGCCUUUCUGGUCUUUUCACCUCGAGACCCCGGGCCAUUGUGGCACCACCGCAGCCGGAGGAGGCCUCGGAAGCCUCGGAGGACCUGUGGGCCUUUGCGCGGGUCACCGCGGCGGAGGCAUCGAGAUCCGGAGUCUCCUCGACCUCGCGUGCCAGCAACGUGGGGAACAUCAAGGAGCUCUUUGCUCCGCCACGACGGGUUGCAUCGGCGAAAGCCUUAUCUACACCAGAAGCACCUCCAGAACCCGAGGCCUCCGACGCCGGCCUCAGCGACCUCUUCGCCUCGGCGUACAAAGCCGCACAGGAGGCCUCCCGCUCGGGUGUACACUCUGAAGUACCUGGUACCAUGGCUGAUCUCUUCGGGCAGAAGGGACCGAAACAGGUGGCUCCCAAACCGGUAGCUCGCUCCCAACCGGCACAGGAGCCUUCUGUCAUCUCGGAUGGCAGUGAUCUCCUGGCGGCUGCACGCGCCAGCGCUGACCAGGAACCUUCCGUGGUGUCAGACGGCAGCGACCUUUUGGCGGUGGCCAAGGGUGCUGCAGACCAGGUCUCUCGCUCCGGAGUGCAAUCCUCGGUCGCUGGCACUACGGCCCUCAAGGAUGUGUUUGGGAAAGCUUCGAAGGCUCAACAGGCUGACGAUGCCUCCUCUUUGGGUGGUUCUGACCUCAUGGCCGUGGCACAAGGUGCUGCCGCGAACGCCUCGCGCUCGGGCGUGCAGAGCUCAGUGGCUGGUGGCAACGUGGCGGAGCUCUUUGGUGCACGGCAGGACUUCUUGGCCGCGGCGCAGAGUGCGGCGGAGGAGUUCUCCCACUCCGGCGUCGCCAGCGACUCUGACAUCCUGGGCGUGGCGCGCCUGGCCGCGCGCGACGUCUCCCGCAGCGGCGUGGGCAACGACUCGGACCUCCUCGGAGCCGCGCGGCGCGCGGCAGCUGAGACCUCGGAGGGUGGCACAUCUGCAGCCACGGCGGCCGUGCUGUUCGCGGCGCGAAAGGGGCGAGACUUCGAGUUUGUGGCACCCAGGCGUCAAAUGCACCAAGACACCCGCCACGGUCAGCCGGCCAACAGCGAUCUCGAUGCCCCCUGGGCGCUGCCCGUCCCGCCGGUUCUCCCCGCGGUGCCGCGGCGCGGCGCCGCCGACGUCGCGCCGCCGCCGGACCCUCCGCCGCUGCCGGAGCGGACCUUUUGGACCGACACGCUGAAGGGGCUGGAGGAAGGAGGCUUGGAAGCACCUGGGCCCACAUCAGAGGCCUUCGACGCUACAAAGCUCGUCCACCGCGCUCUUCAGCGCUCGACCGAGCACGGGGAGGCAGAGUCCUUGGAGGAGGGAGAGGUCGAUCACUGCCCAUCAGGCAUCCUCCCACCACACGAGCGACCUCGACCCGAUGACUCGCCGGCGGCCGCUGCCGCCCGCGCCCGCGCGGCGGCGCGCGCGGUGCGGGGGCUUCCCACGCCGCCGCCACGGAUGGAAGGAACGGCUCAGCCCGGCUCAGCCCAGGCCACUUCUCCAUCCAGUGCAGGUGACGCAACCAGUCCCACAAGUCCUCGAAGUCCAGUGGGACCCUUGAGUCCACGUGCGCGGGCCAUGGAGAGGCAACAGAUGCUGGAGCUCCGGCGUCGCACCGGGCGAGAGGACCAAAACUACAAGCGCAAACACUGCCGGGUGGAGGCAUCCCAGUCACCAAAAGCAGGUGAAUGA